AAAAUGUCAAAGUCAAAAUAAUUAGGCUUGAUUUGUAUUUGUGGUUGUUAUUGUAUUUUAAUUAUCAAUAAAACGCAAAAUGAGUUCGCUUCAAGAGCGUCUGCAACUCAAACGAUCGCCGGUGGACACGUGGAACAUUCGGGAACAACUGUGCCUCGCGUCCGCGGUUGUUCGCAGCGGAGAUCAAAACUGGAUGUCAGUAUCUCGGGCUCUAAAAACUGUCGGCGAACCUAAUAGACCGCCGGAUUGGUAUUCUCAGAAAAGCUGUGCCGCUCAGUAUGGAGCAUUACUUGAGCAUGUGGAGACACCCAAGCGCAAGAAGCGCAACUCAGAAGGCGGCGUGGAGACUCCUCAGGAGAGCAUCCUCAAGAGUCUCACGCAGCAAAGGAUACAGGAGAUACAGAACAAUCUGGCGGAGAUGAACGCUCAGUAUGAGCAGAUAAAGAAUGAAAUCAUCGAGAUACGGAACCCCGCUACUCCGGACGAGAAGAUCCAAGAGCUGUGGGCGGGGAUAGAGGCCGCCAAACGCGCGCGCGAGCGAGAGAGCGCCAGACGCGCCGCCUGGCUGAAGGAGAGGGAGGAGCGACGCUCGCGCAGCGAGAGACAGUGGCGCCCCACACAGACUCCGCCCCCCACUACAGGUGCACCGGUGACUCCGUCUUCUCCAUUGCUGACUUCGCUGUUGAAGUCGUCUCCGGUGGUCACCACUCCGCAGCACAUACCACAUCCUGCGUCUAUAGUUGAUGCGGUGUCACCGUCUGCUGGAGCGCCCACUCUGUCCCUACUGUUGGAACAGCCACAUGCUCAGGAGAGCAAGCACGCAGCUAUAGAGCACAUCAAAAGUCAAUUAGUGCAAUUAGAACAUCAACUCAAAGCAAACUCACAGUCGCAACCGCCUGCGCCGGCGCCCGCAGUAGACAUCGACGACAUAGAGAUCAAAGCAGAGGAUGUCUAUGCCUUCAGUGACAUAGACAUCCACAUACCACCCGUCGCCGCCAUGCACAAACCACCGGUCAGGGUGAUAGAGAAAGCACAGCAGAAGAAAGAUAUGGAGGUAACUGUAGAAGAGCCAGAAGUAUCCGAAAUGUCUGUGGACGAUGUGAAGGAAGAAUCAGUGCAAGAAGAAACCAUAAGCGAAGGGAUAGUCGCCACUGAAGAAAUGGAAGUGGUGGAAGAAACUCCAAUACAAGAAACGGUGCUCGAAGAAACCCAACCUCAACCGGAAGUGGAACCUCAACCGGAACCGGAAGUGAAAAUAUCUUUUCCGGAAGUCAAAUUUCCGACACUGGAAAUCAAAAUCAUACACCCUGAAGAACAUAAGAUACAAGCGAAAGAAGAAAUAAAAGAACCGGAAGUGCCGAAAGAGGAAGAAGAGAAGGAAGUAGAAGUAGCUCAAGAAGAAGAGAAGGUAGUAGAAGUAGUUCAAGAAGAAGUGAAAAAAGAAGAAAUCACGAGUACAGAAGAUGUUAUAGAAGAAAUAGUGCCAACAGAAAAAGAGAAAUUAGAAGAGGCAACCAUGGAGAUUAUAGAGCCGCAAGUACCAGAGCUGCAGCCGCAACCGCAACCGCAGCCGCAACCGCAACCGCAGGUGGAUGAGCAACCGCAACCGGAGGAGGGUGCCCUAACCAGUGUGAUACAAGAUCCCCAGGAUAUACCUCUGCCACCAGAAAUAGAGCCAACUAUUACUGACCUUGAAGCUCUAAAAGAAAUACAACUGCCACCAAUGGCCCCAUCAGAAGAGUCCACAACCACAGAAGUACCAGCUGAAGUCACAGAAGAGAAGGCAGAAGAGCCUGUCGCACAAGUGAACGAGAAGACAGAAGAGAUCGCAGAAGAAGAACGUGUAGAGGAGAAAUUGAUAGAGGAUUUAAAGAAAGACGAAGAUGCUGAGGACUCCAUCCCUCUGAAGGAAAUGAUGAAAGAAGAGAGCCAAGAGGAACCGAAGAUAGAGAAAGAGGGAGUAGAAGAGGACACGCACACAGAGACGGAUGACGACACACCUAUGGAGCUGAGCAGAGAGGAAGAUAAAGAGGGGAAAAAGAGAAGAGACUACUCGAGGAAGAAGAAGUCGGAUUCUAGAACGUGCUCGGGGUCGGAGAGCGCGCCCGAGUCGCCGAGUGCUAGCUCGAGCGACGCCGAGCGGCAGCACAGGCUGUGGAAGAAGAGCGUCAUGCUGGUCUACAGCAGGCUGUGCGCGCACAAGUACGCGUCGCUGUUCCUGCGGCCCAUCACGGACGAGGAGGCGCCCGGGUACAGCGUGGUGGUGAAGCGGCCCAUGGACCUCACCACCAUACGCCGGAACAUCGACGCGGGGAACAUACGCACGACGGCGGAGUUCCAACGCGAGGUUCUGCUGAUGUUGUCCAACGCUCUGCUGUACAACUCCAGCUCGCACAGCGUGUACAUGAUGGCUAAAGAGAUGCACGAGGAGGCGCAGCUGGCGCUGGGCAUGCUGCUGGCGGCGCAGGCGCACGCCGGCCUGUGCAGCGCGCCGCCGCGCCGCAAGCGCCGCCUCGACCCGCUCGCGCACCGCCAGCGCCCCGCAUAGGGGGGGUCGACGGACUUGUACUAGUUAAUAACACAUUCGCUGCGGCACGAGGUCAAUUGACCUCGUAUGUCUAACGUGUUCAAGUGGCACGAGGUCAAUUGACCUCGUACGUCUAACGCUUUCAAGCGGUACGAGGUCAAUUGACCUCGUGUGUCUAACGUGUUCAAGCGGUAUGAGGUCCAUUGACCUCGUGUGUCUAACGUGUUCAAGCAGUACGAGGUCAAUGACCUCGUAUGUAUAACGUGUUCAACCGGUACGAGGUCAAUUGACCUCGUAUGUCUAACGUGUUCAAGCGUUACGAGGUAGAUGGACCUCGUACUGCACUAGAGGAAAGUACAGAAAAAUCAGUGCCGCAGCGAAAGUGUUAACGAUUAAUGCAACACUGUAUUAUAAUUUAAGAUAUUGUCUCGCCUAGUUAGAUAGUGUGGGGAGGGGGGGAGGGGGGGUUAUACGCACCCCAACAUUAAACAUUUUACAAAUAAUUCAAAAUAAAUUUUUUAGGCUCAUUGUUACCCUUGUCCCUUUGGGACUCGUUAUUAUCCCUUGUUCUCUCCCCACCAGUGUAAUAAUACAAUUCCACACGGUAUCCCGCUUAGUGGGGGAUUAUGGGUCAAUUAACGUUGUAAAAAUAAUUCAACAGUGAUUUAGGGUAGUGAGCGGGGGGGUUUGGUGUUGCGCACAUUUAAGACCUUUCGCCUAGUUAGAAAACGUGAGGGGGGGGGGGUCAUAUACACCCUAAUUAAACUUUUUACAAUAAAUCCAAAUAUUUUGUUAUGCGCAUGGAAGGGAGCGACUCAUGCAGGUUCAUUGUUAUUCCUAAUAUAAUUCCACACAGCGCCCCGCAUAGUGGGGGGUCACGCGUACCCCGACCAUUCGAUGAACUUGUACUAAUUAUUCAACACGGUAUCUCUUGGGGGGUUUGGUGAUACGCUUCAACGAUUCAUUCGACAUUGUAUUAUAAUUUAAGAUACUGUCUCGCCUAGUUAGAUAGUGGGGGGAUCAUACACACCCCGACCAUUCAAUGAACGUUGUACAAAUAUUCAACAUAGUAUUUUGGAAAAGAGGGGGGUGGGUUAUUUUUAGUCGUUGGUUCGUUGGUCAAUUUUAAUCAAGGAUUUACAAGACAGGUCCUGGGUUCGAUUCCCGGCUGGGCCGAGUGAGAUUUUCUUAAUUGUCCAGGUCUGGCUGGUGGGAGGCUUCGGCCGUGGCUAGUUACCACCCUACCGACAAAGACGUACCGCCAAACGAUUUAGCGUUCCGGUACGACGUCGUGUAGAAACCGAAAGGUGUGUGGAUUUCAUCCGCCUAACAAGUUAGCCCGCUUCCAUCUUAGAUUGCAUCAUCACUUACCAUCAGGUGAGAUUGUAGUCAAGGACUAAUUUGUAAAUAAUAUUAAAAAAAAUACAAUGUAAAAUGUUAUAUUUUUCAAAAUUGUUAACAUCACACAAAUAAAAUAGAUUUGUAAAACAAUACAAAA